AUGACUCAAGUUAAAUGUCAAAGUACCUACGGCGCUAAGGGGUUAAGUGACUUAAAACUCAAAGCUCCCAGUUUCUUUGUUCAGCAGGUGUUCAUGCAAGAAACACUCAAUGUUUUCAUCUACAAAAUAUUUAUGUCAGACAUAAUUUCAUUUUCACAUAGUUUCAGCUUAUUGGUUGAUUGCUUUAAGUCGCGACCUUAUCACAAUACAUCUCACUUCUUUUUUCUCACAACAUCAUGA